UGACGUAGGGCUCAUGCUGCAAAAACACCGUCAGGUUGUUAUAGGCCGCUCGUAAAAUACAAUAUAUAUUUUCACUUGAGUGAAAGUUGUUUUAACUGUGUUUUUGCGUAAAAAUGCCCUUCACGGCACUAGUUUAGUGUUUGACAGGCAAUACAUAUUCAUCCGCUUCUACAUGAGUGUCAAGAGCACAUUAGUACCCGGAUGGACUGUCAUGGCCGCCGUCGCUGUGGCUCCAUAGAGAGAAGAGAAGGAAGGCAAAUGUUUCUGCUGGGUGUUUUUUCAACCUUAACCUCCUUUUUAUAAUGUCGGACGCUGACGGGACGCCGCCUGAACUUCCAUCGAGUUCAUAGCACCGGGGCCACACUACAUGCUCCUCUUCUUCAGACACGACAUGCAUUAAUGUUUGAGUUUGGCCUGAAAGAGUACAGAUAUCUGUAGAUUUACAACUAUGGAAGAAGACCUCACAAUACCUCAUGAUCCUGCCAAAAACUGCAACAUAUCAGUAAUAGGGGAAGAAAAGGUAAAAGACUUUGUGUAUAAGCAUUUCAGAGAAGUGACAGAUGGGUCACCCUUCAAUAAUGCUGAAGAAUCCUCCAUUAAAGAACAUGGGAGUUCCAUCACGAAAGAUAGACAAACUCACAAUAAAUCCCAUUGUAAAAUUCAGCAGGGGGCUGUUUUCUCUGGAAAGAUUCUGAGUUUUGGAUGCUCUGUGUGUAAAGAUGAUUCCACAUAUAGCCCCAAUGAUCUCUUCAAACAUUUUCGAGCGGCCCAUAAUGGAACUCUUCCUACAUACCCUUGUGACCUGUGCGGUUUUUCCACAAACGAGUUCCCUGCUCUUCAACGUCAUCGGAUUGAGCACAGGAAUACUCUAGUUACAUGUGAGCUUUGCAACAAUGAUGUUCAGUACUCCCUGCUUUUGCUUACCAGACACUACAUCAUGUGUCACAGUCUAAAUGGACAGUUUAACUGUGACUGGUGUGAGUUUACAACUGUGGAUGCAGGAACAUUCGUCCAGCACAUCCAUCAUCAUAAUGAGAGCCAUUGGAAGUGCUCAAAAUGCAGACAUAUCAGCUUGAACGAAGAAGAUCACCAGAAGCAUAUGAAAGCUCACUCGGGAACAUUCCCUUUUACUUGUCAGAUCUGUGGAUAUGGUGCAACAAGAGGCGAGUAUCUUAAAAAACACACAGCAGCUGUUCACAAAGAAGAGGUUGAGAGAAGGAAUGCAUGGAAGGCUAUAGAUGACAGCAGCAUUUCAGCAAAUUCAUCUGCAAGCCUGAAACUUUUGUUGAAAAAGAGUGGUGAAUCACAGGAGGCUCAGAGGAUAUCAAAACUGAACUGUCUUUCUGGGAGUUUACCAAACCAAAAUGGCAGACUAAUGAAAACAGAGAUAUCGUUCGAGGAGACCCACCACUUUGUGGAUGGGACUGUUGCAAAAAAGGAAAACAAAAAUUGGAGCAAAAGCUCUCAUAAUACAGAGCACUCCAUGCCUGUAGUGUUACAGGAAUAUGACAACUCUGCAAGUUCUGAUGCUACAAGUCACACCAAUCCUAAUGGACUGACUGUUUUGAUGGUUAAGAACAAAAUCUCUCUUCCCCCCAACUGUACAACCAAAGUGAUGGGAUUCAAGAUGGUUGAUGGCAAAAAACAUUUAGUUCUCAAAGUAAUACCAACAGCAAAGCAAGAUUCAUCCGCUCAAAACCAUACAUUUGUUGAAGAUGUGGGAUCCUCUGCACCAAAUCCUGCGUUGGAAAAAAGUAAAGUCUCUCAUGAGAAUGGGGAAAGCUCACAUAGCAAGAACUUACCAUCACAUUGUUCUGCUCUUUCACCAAAAAGUGGAUCUUGCACACAGAUGACUCAAGACGAUAUUAUGGCAGUAAAAGUGAAGCUUGAGGAGGAGGAAACCUCUGUUUGCAACCUUGAUUCCACCCCACCUCGAGACGAUGUUGGCGAGAAAACUAAUCCUUUAAUAGGUAGGUCUUCGACUUGUGCGGAUACGCUAUAUCCCAUGACAAAUGAGAUUGCUCAUGGGGAUGACCAGAGUCACCCAAGUCAAACAACCUGGUCCCAGAGAAGUAAGUUUGAUAAUAACUCUGUCUCUGCAACAUUUAACUCUGACGCAACCUGCCAUAGUGGUUCUCAAAUCAGUAAUACUUCAACAAUGUGUGCUGGUAAGGUCACCGCUCAGGACACAUUGCAUUCCAAACAAGUCUCCAAAGACACUAUUGAAAACUGUGGGGCUGCAGAUGAGUUAUUGAUGACUGAUACAGUAACAGACAAACCCAUUGACGAACACAAAGGGAACUCCCCCUUUAACACUAUAGAAAAUGAUGACCAAUCUUCUCAGAGUACUCCAAAAAAAACUGAUCAGGUUAAAACUGACAUUGAACAUAAAAACAAGCAAAAUUUAAAAAAGCUUUCGACUAAUCCAGCACCUCCAUCAGAGUCAUCCCUAUCCACUCCAGGUAGCCGCAGAGAAAGUGCCAUGGGAUCAGAAAACUGCACACAAAAUUCACCAAACCAAGAAGUAUUUACUUUUCACAAUUAUUCCAAGGAAACAUUUGGCACCUCCCCAAACACUACCCAAAACUUUGAUAAUAUGUCUGAACAUUCAGUAGACAAAGAAAGUGUUUGUGAAUCAUCACAGUUUAGCUUGACAUUGGCUGAGUCGCCAGAGCCAUUCACAGAAAGUGGCAAUGGAGAAGACUCAAAUCAAGAAAAGGUGUCAGAUAGUGACAUUGAGGUUGAUGCGUGCAUCGCUAGUGUUGAUGAUCCUGCCACUGAGGAUGAAAAUCCUGAGUCAGUGCUCCAAGACUUUAAUAUUAUCAAAAUUGAGGAGGAGAGCAUUCCUAUAUCUAACAAACGGUCAGAAACAAAGAUUGGUUCAAGUUCUUUGGGCAGUUUUGUGGAGGAACAUUCAGAUGCAAUCAUUAACCAACAACUUAAUAAGGAAAGAGUUGGAUCUUCAAGUUCAAGUAAUGAUUCUUCAAAACCGGCAAAAACAACUCUACGAAUUCUUCAGUUGCCAGAGGGAAAGCAGUCAGUACUCCUGAGAACUACUGAGAAUCAAUUUGCCAUGCCGGUUCAGCUCAAGGCCACUCCAGGUUUUAAACUGAUAACCAAUUCUGGAAAUCCUCAGAUCAAUGUAUCUUAUAUGAAGUCAGGGUUAGAAAGAUCAAGUAACCCUACUGGAGUAACCCUUACUCCAAACAGCAGGAAGAUGGGUGUAUCUGCACCAAAGGCAGGAGCUGCUGAAAAAGGGACAACACUUCUCUCUGCUGUUCAACCAGGUGUUAGCACCACCUCAAAUCACUACCUUAUCAACAGCCAAGGUUUUAAGGGUCCUGUACUCUUCUCAAGCACACCACAUAAUGCACCUACAGACAAAACCGCAAAGACACAGCCAACUUGCUAUUUGGUACAGAGGUCCGUUCCGUUUGUUCAAACCCCCAGUGCUCCCGGCCUCAGUCUGGCAAAUACACAACUCCCACUGAACUCACGGCCAGUUCUGGCCGUGCCUGUGAGCUCUGCAGACAAACCCAGCACCCUGCAGACUGGUCGCCAGGCAUUCUUGCUCCGAUACAUAUCUCCACCCAAAUCAGGCUUGAAGUUGAACAACCAAGACUCAAAGACUGGGACUCCGUGUAGCCGAACCAGUGACGGUACUGGGAACAAAGUCAUUUUUAAAAUUGUCACUCCUACUGGUAGCCUUCUUACAAGUGGUGCUCCCACCUCAAGCAGUCAACCUUUGUUUUUGGCCACCAGACCUCAAACCCAGUGUUUUCUGGUGUCCUCAAACAAAACUAAUGCAAAUUCCUCCAAUGGAGUAAAGAAAUUGAUCACCAUACAAAAUACUGCACAGAAAGAUAUCAAGGAAUCUUGCAUUUCACCCUCUCAGAUGAAUGUAAAGGUACAAUCGUGUGAAGCAGCGAAACCUAUCCUAGCCCCAAGGCCGAUUCGGCCUCCAAGCCAAAGGAAAAGGCGCAGGAAACCAUUAUUUGACGAGCUUCCAUCAACUGUGCAUAAAGCUAGAAGACUCUCAAAUAAAGUACUGACUGAGAAAGAGACUACUGUGUUAUGGAAGCCUGUAGCCAAAGAAGUUGAAAGAACACUAAGGCUUGCCCCAUUCAGUUCUCUACAGCAGGUCAAAUGCCCUCGUAGAUACCAACCUGUAGUGGUGCUCAAUCAUCCAGAUGCUGACAUUCCCGAAGUGGCCAAUGUCAUGAAGGUAGUUAACCGGUACAAAGGUGCUGUUACUAAGGUCUCUCUGUCUCAGAAAACAAUCCAAGCUCUCGCUGAGCUCGGUACUCUAUGGAAGAAUUCCUCGACCAAAGGUGCAUCGUCUCACAGCGAUGAUCCAAGACCCCGGCCAGUUCAGAGUUCUGUCCGAGAGCGAUUCCUCUUGAAACUGAAGUUGAGGAAAAAAAGCAAAAAAAAGUAUGAGGUAGUGAAAAAACUGUCAGGUUGUAGUCAAGAGCCUGUGGUGUUUGACUGCUGGUUUUGUGGUCGGCUCUUCAACAGCCAAGAAGAUUGGAUUGGCCAUGGCCAGCGACACCUCAUGGAGGCAACUAGAGACUGGAAUAAACUGUUCUGAAAGUUUUCCAUCUACUUUGAAAUGAAAGCAAUUCUGUCUCUGAGGUGGAACAAAUGGUUUUAAGUUGUAUAUUUUUUAAUGACCUUCCACUCUACGUUUGUUAAAAUUCUGUUCCUGUAAAUACAUAUUCCUCAGUAAAUUGUAGUUUAUCUUUUCAUAGGUGCAUUUUCUGGUAAAUGAUGUACUGCAAGCAUGAUUUAUAUCAUGCAUGCACAGGUCAAAUUGAACUGUGAAAAUGGUACACUGUAAUUAAGAGCUGUGGUAAGAGCACUAGCUUAAAGAAAGGGGACAAUAUCAGCAAAGUUGUGAGUAGAGCUGAAUUAAAUUACUCAGGUGAUUUCAUAUUAAUCUGGUUUGUCAUUUUUGCUCAUUAAUUUCAAAAAAGCAGAGGCCUAGUUUAAGGGACUUUUCUAUAUUAUUUUAUUAUCCUGGGCCUGCACAUGAGGACAAGAAACUAUUUGUAUAGAUUAGGCCUAACUCUAAAGCUUGUAGACAAAUUACUUUUUGUUUUGCGCUUUUGAAAAUGUUCUGGUCCAAAUUAUUCCAUUUUGUAUGAUGUUUUAAUUGAAGGUGAUGUCAUUUUACUCCAUUUUAUCUUCAGGGUUAGUUUACGGUUUCCUUGUCAGGAUGUUGUCAACCUGUAGCAUGCGCUUGUCAUAACUAGAGAAGAUAUUUUUCACAGUAAUCUCUUAAAUCUGCCAAGUGUUGCAAAUAGACGGAUAGUUUUAUAAAUUACUUUUGCUGAAAAGAGAAAUCCUAUAUCUGUUAACCAUGCUCCCUGUCAGUACUUGAGAAAUACAGAUCAGCCCAUUUUGCACCCUAUGCAGUUUCCAUGCAACAAUAUUGUUGUCAGCAGAUCAGACUGUUUACUCGUCAUGUUGUGAUUCAUAUGAAUCCUAUUUGAUUUCCGCAUUUACUAUAGAUCUUAAAGGUCCUGUGAAUUUGCUUUCAGAUUACUUUUUUCGUGAGUCGCAAUGUUUGUUCACUGAAGAAGAUUAUGAUGCAGGAACAUCAAGAAAAACAUAAUAUGAAAAUCUGCCAGAAACAACAUAGAAAUGUUAGUCAAGUGUUGUCACAGGGCUUGAGUGUAAGAUUUGACAUCCACUUCGAAACCUUUACGAUGCCAAAGUUGAUAAAAUAGCUGUAUUCUUUUAAUCAUUUGUAAUUGUAGUAUAACACGUGUCAAUAAGUAAUAUCAACUAGGGCUGCAACCAACAAUUAAAUUCCCGAUCGAUGAAUCUGUCAAAUAUCUUCUCGAUUAGUCAAUCAUUUGGUCUAUUAAAUGUUAGAAUAUAGUAAAAAAUGUCUAUUUUCUUAAGACCAAGGUAAAGUCAUCGGAUGUCUUAGUUUUGUGUGACAAACACUUCCAAACCCAAAGAUGUUCGGACUUUUAUCUCACGUAAUACGAGGAAGCAGAAAAACAUUUUCUUUAGAAACUGGAACGAGGCAAUGUUUGGCGUUUUUUCUUUAUUUUUUAUUUAACGGUUAGUUGAUUGUCAAAAUUGUUGCUGAUUAUUUUUCUGUUGCUCUACUAAUCGCUUGAGCUCUAGGUCCAACAUUUACUGUAAAUUCUAUUAGAAUAAUGGCCCAAGUCUCAAACAAUAAUAUAACAAAUUUCCAAUUGCUUUUGGUUGAACUUUUUUUUGGAUUGUUUACUCAACGCUUCCUGCAGAUAUUUUAUAUUAAAAGCCUUUCAGGAAAGAAUGGGAGUAUGUCCUUUAAGCCGCUGGAAGGCUUAUCCAAUGAUGUCGAACCCUGUCUUCCUACACAACAACUAAUUGUAGGCACUUGGACCCUUACCACAACCCUUUGGGGAAUGGAAAUAUUGAACCUGUGUUAGUGCUGAUUAGAAUAAGGACAAAGGUCAUUUUUAUGAUGCAAGGGGUUGGCUGGAUCACCCCAGAAGUAAAAAAUGCGACGGCGGAAAGUUCUUAAACUUUACAUGAAUAGACGAGGGGGUAUAUAAAAACGUAAAUGUUUCAAUAGUAAUUUGCUUAUAAGAAAGUGCAGAUACCCCAGAUAAAAACAGACAUUUUCAUACCUUUUUAAACUUUUCUUAAUUCAAUAAAAAGUUUUUCAUUGGUAUCAAAUACAUUCAGAGGUUAUUGGAUAGUUACUGUCUCAUUUCUUUUUAUGCUCUGUAGACUUUUUAGGUGUUGUAGGAGCUCUGAACUUAAUCCAUGUGUUUGCAUCAGCUUUCACCUGUUAUUGCAUUAAUGUUGUACUAUAUAUUGGCUCACUGGCGUCAUCAAGUCCAGUAUGUUGUACAUACAUAUGUUUUAAUGUUACAUUGCCCCUUUUUUUUUUUUAAUUGCAACAGGACAUGGGCUUUGCGUUUCUUCAUGGGUUUUAAUGAUUGUAUUACAUGAUAAUCGAACUGUGCCGUUUUAUUCCGUUCAAUAUGCAAGUGACUGAUCAAUGCAAGCCAUGCUAAUGUUUUUAUACUCUCAAAAUGGAUCUAAAAAGCCAGCCUCCAAUUGAUGAAGUUCUGACCUCAGCAGGUCCGGCGUUUAACCAGCAUUUGCUAAAUGUUAAUUUUAAUCAACCGCUCCAAUCAGCAGGACAUUUUGUUGUACAUUAGGGGAAUUUCCAUGAAAUCAUUUCCUGUAAAACUCUUACAAAUGUAGCAUGAGUAGUAACUACAUUCCACUCAUUUUUGUGACUUACCAAUGAAACCAAACAAGCAUUCAGGCUCUGACACACCAACCCAACUGUCGGCAGAAAAGGCAGUCGGACUGAUCAGUCGGCUCCUCAAGGUAAAAAAAAGUGCCUCUGAACACAUCGAAGCGAUGACGACUUGAGCGUACGCUCUGCGCGUGCGUGAGACGUAAUACGUCUCCAUAACAGCAGGCGACGCUAAUCUGUAUUGUUGCCCAAAAACUGAAAACCGGUAACGACGGAACAUCUCUCUAGACCUAGUAAACACAGAGCACGCUGUCGUCAGUCAUUGUUUCCAUCAGAGAGAGGUGAUAGUAGUCAAGAAGGAUCGCUGUUAUUACUUGCUGAACGGAAGAAAAUAAGAUGGCUAGUAAUAAGAAGAUACUGGCUUUGUCAGCUCGGGUUUUCUUGUGCACUGAUUCGCUAGUCAAGGGCUAGCACUCUACCAAUCAGAUUGGUCAUUGAGUCCGACCGCCCACUGGCCGAUUCAACAAGUUAAACCGGCCAAAAUGAACGGCGACGGCUCCUCUGACUGACAACGGCACAGAACACACCGAACAGACUGGAGUCACCAACCUCUCCGAUUAUCGGGUUGGUGUGUCAGGGCCUUGCUUCAUGGGGUGUUCUUUUCUUAUAGGAAAUGUUCAACAUAUGUGGGAUAUAUUCUUACUCCCUUUUUUCUAGAGCGUGAGACGAGAAGAUUGACCUGUCCGUGUUAAGUAAGAGCUGGAGCCUGGGUUGUGGUUAGCCUAGCUUAGCAUAAAGACUGGAAGCAGAGACUGUUGUCUGUCAACGUGUCGAUCAGUGAGUUUUAGAGAUGUUGGUUGCUGUGGACAAAGCCAGGCUAGCCUUUUCCCCCCUGCCUCCAAACUUUAUGCUAACCUAGGCUAACCACAUGCGAUUGAUAUCCAUCUUCUCAUCUUACUCUUGUAAAGAAGGAAAGCAAAUUAGCUUAUUUUACAAAAUGUUGAACUUUUCCUUAAAUCGAACCAGCCUAGCCAGCUGCAGAAAGCUAACUUCCUUGGUCAUAAUGUCCCUUUUCCAAAACAAACUAUCUUGUUUUGUUCCCUUUAGAUGUAAUAACAUCCCAACCCAGUAAAAAAGCUAUUUUAAAUCUACUGUAUACAAUUUAAGGAAAAUUUACCAGUGAAUAAAUCUCGAAUUAACGUUCAGUUUUUGUUUGUAGGAAAAAUAAAAAAUAAUUGAUGUGAAAAAAUAAUCACAACUUGACGUUCAACAUGCAAAAUGUCUAACAUCACAAGGAUAAGAGUUAUAACUUAGUUUAAAUGAUUAAAGUUAUCUCCUAUUUUAAAAUAUUCAUGUGGCUGGUGUUUCUCUCUUUGGGCUACAACAACAAAAAUAUUGCUUACGAAUGCAAUACUUUGAGGUAAAAUAACAGGAUGUAAAGUAGCUAAAGGUUCUUAAUAGUUUUACUUUUGCCAUUGCAAUCCCAAUGUUGAGAUUCAGUUUUUUGAUGAUUGGUUUGUCAUUCUUGAAACUAGAAUUGAACUCAUGUCUGUAUAUAACAAUUUUGAGUUUUGGGAUACGAUUAAUAAAAUCGCCUACUAAGUUUUACACAA